AUGCGUUUCUCCUCUGCUGCUAGCCUUUUGGCCCUCGCUGCGUCGACCGCGGCCCAGGGCACCUCCCCCAAGUCCGAUCUUGACGCUUCCGUUUGGCAGGCCCUCAGCAGCGUCAAGGAGACCCGAUCCUGGGAGGACCUCCCCCGCAACCGUCCCGCCAAGCGCCAGUCCGGAUGGAACCCCCCCUCGAACCUCGCCACCCCCCUCAAGGAGGUCUGGGAUCACUGCCUCAAGACCUACUCUGACGCCCUGGGCUUCAAGAACUACGGCUGGGACCAGCUCAUUGCUGGCAAGGGCAAGCUGAACAUGUGCGUUCGAUGGGAGUCUGACCAGCCCGUCACUGCUGCCUACCGUGAGGAGAUUGCCACCACUCUCCAGACUCAGUACAACAAGUGGUUCAAGUGGCUCUACGGCUACGACAACUUCCCCUACUCGGACAUCAAGGUCAACGUCGUUGGAUGGGCUGUCAAGGACAAGAGCCUCCUCCAGGGUUCCACUGCUGGCAUUGACGUCUACACUGACGUCGACUCUGAGGGUGUUCCUCAGUGCUCUGAGAAGUGCGGCCGCUUCUUCCACCAGGAUGGCAACUACAACCAGUGCCCCGGUGGUGCCGACCGACACUACGACCAGUCCCUCUGGCUGACCAAGGGUAUGGCCGGUGGUGCUGGUGGUGAUUGGGGUCAGAGACUUGGCCCUGAGGGUGUCGGCCACAUUCUCCUGCACGAGAUGGGCCACACCUUCGCCCUUGACGACUUCUAUGACUGGACCCCUACUGGUGUCACCAACUUCGUCAUGCUUGCUGGUUCUUCCACCACCAUCACUGACUUUGAUGGCUGGAUGCUCCGCAACUGGUGGUACGAGCUCUCCCGCAAGCGAGGCUGGCAGUCGGGUGUCUCUUCCGGCUCUAGCUCCGGCAGCUCUUCUCCCUCGGCUGCCGCCUCUAAGCCCGCCACUACCGCCGCCGCCUCCAAGCCCACCUCGACCAAGGCCGCCGCCUCUAAGCCUACCACGACUCAGGUUUCCAAGCCCGCUACGACCAAGGCCUCGACUCCCGCUGCCCCUACUGCCCAGACUGGUGCUACCGCCGGUGCCUACGCUCAGUGCGGCGGUGCCUCUUACACCGGUCCUACCACGUGCGUUUCCGGCUUCAAGUGCAUCAAGGCCAACGAGUGGUAUUCUCAGUGCGUCUCGGCUUAA